AUGGAGGCUUCAGCAAUUGUUCCCAGCAUAGGAAAUAAGUCCCUGAGGCGCAGAGGUGUGCCAGCUUUACCAGAGAGACUAGCCCUCCUCUUUGAUAUCCAGACCACCAGCUCUGUUGCUGUUACUGUUUCCAAGAAUGGCUUGAAGAGCUCCCUGCUGCAGCUAGAAUGUCAUUUUACAUGGACUUUGCUGAAGCAGGAUGUGGAUCUCGAUGAAUUAGAGGAAACAAUAGGUGAUCAGAUCAAGUUUUUAAUAAAAUCCAACAUCACAAAUUAUAAUCUACAAUCCUAUGUAUCCCACCUAAAGAACAUGGAUGAGGAAGCCCUGAGAAAUCUCAAAAAAGCUGAAGAAGAAAUUAAAAAAAAUCACCCAGAUGAAAUUGCCAGGAGAAGUCUUGUUACCUGGGGGAACUAUGCCUGGAUCUAUUACCACAUGGAGAGAUACAAAGAAGCUCAAGCUUACGUCAGCAAAGUGGAAAGCAGCCUCAAAAAUCUUUCAAGUAAUGCUCAAUGGAAGUUUCAGUUUCCAGAAAUCUACGCUGAGCAAGGAUGGGCAUUAAUAAAGUUUGGGGCAAAAUACUACCAGAGAGCAAAGGAUUGCUUUGAAAAUGCUCUAAAGAAUGAACCCAACAACCCAGAAUUUAAUGCUGGCUAUGCAAUAGCAAUGUAUCGUUUGGAAGAUUUUUCUCACAGACAAUGUGAAGCUGUAAGCCCGUCCCUUCAGCCCCUGAAGCGUGCAGCGGAACUGAAUCCAAAGGAUACUUUUAUUGCAGCAUUAAUUGCAUUAAAACUUCAGGAUUUAAAGCGAGCUGAUGAAGGGGAGAAGUACAUUGAAGAAGCAAUGCAGAAAACCCCUGAUCUUCCUUAUUUCCUGCGAUAUGCCGCUAAAUUUUACAGAAGGAAAGGAGAAAUGGACAAGGCACUGGAGAUUUUGACAAAAGCUCUGGCAGUGUCACCAAAAUCUACCUUUUUGCAUCACCAGAUAGGACUCUGCUACAGAGGAAAGCUCUUUCAGUUGAAAAAGACUACAAGAUAUCCACCUCAAGAGCAAGUGGAUGAACUCAUCCGACUUUCCAUUUUUUAUUUCAAAACAUCGACUGAGCAAAAGCAAAAAUUUUUUUCUGCCCACACUGACCUAGCAAACAUGUAUGCGCAAGCAAAGAGGUAUGAAGAAGCAGAAGCGACAUUUCAGAAAGCGUUCCAGAUUAAUAUUCUGUCCUAUAGUGAUGAACAAGAACUCUACUACCAUUAUGGCAAUUUUCAGCUAUAUCAUAUGAAAUCGGAAUCUAAAGCCAGAAGGUAUUACACAGAAGGGCUGAAAAUUGAAAAAGAUUCUCAUGCAAGAAAGAAGUGCAGACAUGCACUGAAGAAAUUGCUGGAACAGAGAAUUCGGGCAGGUUUAGAAGAUGCAACAGAUUUUGGUACACUUGGACUCCUUCAUAAUCUAGAUGGUGAGAAACAUGAAGCAGUUCUGUGCUAUGAGAAAGCAGUUGCAUUGCAUCCCAACAAUGAAGAAUAUUUGAGAGCAUUAUGUGAGCUACAACUUUCCAUCUCAAACUAA